AUGCUGUGUGGGGUAAAUGGUUGUUCACGAACUUAUAGAAAUUUCUAUUCACUUAAGUGCCAUUUCUACCGUAACCAUGCAGAUUUGCUUUCUAAUAUACGUCCUGAACAUGACCGAACAGAUGAUGACAGUGGAGCAGAGAACUUUGGAAACGGUGACCUUGACGAGAAUCAAGAGAUAAUUGAAAACCAAUUUGACAUUGCCAAGGAAGCACGUAAACUUACCAGGUCGAACGCUCUCUGUAUACUCCAAGUAAAAGAUGAAGGAAAGAUUCCCCAAACGGUUGUGGAUUAUAUGGUGAAAAAUACAACAGAAAUAGUUGAAAAUAGUGUAGAUGUAUUAAAAUCUGCCUUAAAAGAUCGCAUGAAGGACGUAGGAUUAGAUAUGGAAAAUAUCCCAGAAAUAAGUGACCUUUUUGAAGAAGACAGUGUAAUAAGGAAGCCUUUUCUAUAUUUGGAUAAUGAGGUUUCACAAAGCUCGUACUACAAGAGUAAUUUUGGCCUAGUGGAACCUAAAAAACUUGUUUUAGGUAGUUAUCAUUCAAAAGCAAUGAAGGGGAAUAAAGUAAAAGAUGUGUUAAAAGAGGAUUGUGCUUACUACAUACCAUUAUUGGCAAGUUUGCAACAACUUUUGAACAAUGAUUCAGUGUUGAAAGAGAUUGAAAACCCUCAUAACAGAACUGAUGACUUGAUGAGUGAUUAUUGUGAUGCAGAGGACUUCAAAAGGCAUCCACUCUUUAGCAUAGACUUUCUUGCAUUGCAAAUACUUUUUUUCUUUGAUGAAUUGGAGAUUUGUAACCCUCUAGGUUCAAGAGCAAACAUUCACAAACUGGGUAACUUCUAUUACACUCUUGGAAAUAUAUCUCCUAAUAAGCGAGCCAGUUACAGAUCUAUUCAACUCUUUGCGAUAGUGAAUAGUAACCAUCUUAAACAGUAUGGCAUUGAUAGAAUACUAGAGGUCUUGAUCAAUGAUAUCAGGUUACUGGAACAGGAUGAGGGGUAUGCAUUUAACAUCCAUGGCCAAAUGAGGAAUUUUAGAGGGACUAUAGCCUAUGCCUCUGGAGACAACCUGGGUUCACAGCAGAUGGGUGGUUUUAAAGAAGGGGCACAAGCCUAUAGAAAGUGCAGAGAAUGUAUGACAACCAUGGAGGAAUUAAUAUCAAAGUUCCUGGAAAGUUUUUUCACCCUUCGAACAAGAGAAAAUCAUUGAAAUGCAGUGCCAAAGACU